UCAGUUUGUUGUGGUGCAGCCCUUUCAAACUUUCAUCCAAAAUUUCCAUACUUAUCCUCACAAGUUUUUUUUGUCGUACGAUUGGCACACUGACAGACAGUUCACCCGGUAUUUGGAUUUAAUAAUUACGAUCAGUAGCUUGAGUUACUGGCACGCUAUUGAACAUGACUGCACCACCACCACUUCCCGAGAAGAAGAAACGCGCCAUCCCUCCGUUAAAGCUGCCUGGAGAUGCGAAGGAGCUGACGACUGCCGUGAGAUAUGAAAACUUCCCCCCGAUGAAUCCCAUCAUCACGCCGCCAUCAGGCCGUGCGUCGGAUGAUGCGAAUGCGUUACGCCAGCAGCUGGGAACGGUGCGGAUGGCUGAUCUGGAGAAGCUGGGGGAGUUGGGGGUGGGCAGUGGGGGUGUGGUGUGGAAGGUCCAGCAUCGUCCCACGGGCAUCAUCAUGGCGCGCAAGAUUGUCCAUCUGGAAGUGAAGCCGGAAACCCGCAACCAGAUCCUGACGGAAUUAAAAGUGAUGAACGAAUGCAGUUGCCCGUUCGUCGUGGGCUUCUACGGGUCGUUCAGCGAGAACCGCGAUAUCAACAUUCUCAUGGAGUACAUGGACGGCGGCUCAUUGGAUCGGAUCGUCUCCCAGGGCAUUCGCAUCCCGGAAACCAUUCUGGGCAAAAUCACCGUGGCCGUUCUGCAGGGAUUGACGUACCUUAAAGAGCAACUCAACAUUCUUCACCGCGAUAUCAAGCCGUCGAACAUCCUAGUGAAUUCGCGCGGCGAAGUGAAGUUGUGUGAUUUCGGGGUGAGCGGGACGCUGAUCAACUCCAUGGCCAACUCCUUCGUCGGCAGCCGGUCCUACAUGUCGCCGGAGCGCAUCGUCGGCCUGCCCUACACCAUCACCUCCGACCUGUGGUCACUGGGUCUGUCCCUCAUGGAACUGGCGCUGGGACGCUAUCCCAUUCCCUUCCCGUCGCAGGAUGAAUUCCGGACUGCGUUCCAGUCGGGCGACGCCGCAGCCGAGCCCAUACAGGUGAUUCCCGAUUUUGCCUUGCUGGCGUACAUUGUCGAUUCUCCCGCGCCCACUUUCCCGGAAGGAAUCGUGUCGCAGGAGUUUAAGGACUUCAUCGAUCGCUGCUUGGAAAAAGACCCGCUCGUGCGGCCGGACCUGAGCGCCAUGAUGCAGCAUCCGUUUAUUGUUCGCAGUCAGCAAGAAUCCACGGAUCUGGCGGAAUGGGUGUGCCGGGUGAAAAAUCUGAAGAGAGGGGAAUUUUCCUAGAUUAUUUCCUGAUUAAAAUAAUCCUAUCCAUAGCUGGUCUUUCAUUCCAGUGCCUUCGUUAUAUAUAUAAUAUCCCAUGCGCUGGUAUGUACGAGAAGUUUUUUUAAUCGUUUGAUACCUUGUCCAGGUUUUUUUUAUUUUUUAUUUACGAGAAGUCUUGUUCUGACCAGUACUCUCAUGUCUGCCGUUGUUGUUGAUAGUUUGCGUUUUACGUAAUUUCGAUAAACCUUACAAUCAUCAUGUCUGAAGAAUCUAGUGAAUACAUGCUAUUACAGUGCAA